CCGCAAGCAGACGAAGUGGGGGCAGGGGGGAACAUCAGCGCCAUGCCCUACUUCGACUUCAACGUCCCUCGCAACGUGACCACUGCCGUGGGGCAAACCGCCUUCCUCCACUGCCGAGUGGAGCAGCUCGGCGAUAAAGGGGUUUCAUGGAUCCGCAAACGCGAUCUUCACAUUCUCACGGCCGGAAUCCUGACUUACACAAGUGAUGCCCGAUUUCAAGUUAUCCGACCAGACAAAUCUGAUAAUUGGACGCUACAAAUCAAAUUCCCACAAGAACGUGAUUCGGGUAUCUAUGAAUGCCAGGUUAACACGGAGCCCAAGAUGAGUCUUGCUUUUCGUCUCAACGUCAUAGAGGCGAAAGCCAGAAUCAUGGGACCAGCUGACCUCUACGUGAAGACCGGGAGUUCUGUGACUCUGACUUGCGUGAUAAGCCAGGGACCUCACGACCUAGGGACAGUGUUCUGGUAUCGCGGCGCAGCCAUCAUCCACCAGCCCUUGGCUCUCACGGAACAGACGGCCUCCUCUCAGCCACAGCCACGAGUUCGUAUUGAUACAGAGUGGACAGACCAACUGACGUCACGACUUCACAUCUCCAAAGCACGACCUUCAGAUUCUGGCAACUAUACAUGCAUCCCUACUAUUGCGGAUCCCACCAGCGUUAACGUACAUGUCAUCAAUGGUGAACAUCCGGCCGCCAUGCAACACGGAAACAAGAGCUCGGCAAGCGUCUCCAUUUCUGUACACAUUAUUGUAUAUAGUUUUACAGUUUUCUUAAUAAAACGAAUGAGAUGAAAAACCCGAUCACUGCUGCUUCUAGG